AAAAACAAGAUGCUGAAAGUUAUCAUCUUAUUUAUUUCUGCUGCGGUCAUCAUAGUCGAUCCAUUGAAAAAUCAAAUUCAUUUAACUCAAAAUGCUACAAUUGAGGAAUUUCCCUACCAAGUAGGUAUCCAGCGUUUUGGAGAGAGCUACUGUUCUGGAGUAAUUGUUUCCGAAAAAAUGAUACUUACCGCUGCAACUUGCAGUGCAGCUGUUGGUCGAAAAAUUCGAUUUGGAAGUACUUUUGAUAAUAAAAACGGAACUCUUCACACAAUCAUUAAGAUUAUUUUAUACGAAAAAUUUGUAUGGGACGAUUUUACUGAUCAAGUUCCAGUUUAUAACAUUAUGUUGCUAAGAGUAAAUGAACCCUUUGUAUUCAAUAAAACUCGUCAGCCGAUACUUCUCCCGGAGCCUGAUAAAGACAUCUCUGCGUAUGAUGUAGGUUACUUGACCAGGUGGGGUAUGUUUGAAGAUGAUGAUUCUCCUCAUGCUUUGAAAAAAAUUUCCGUGCCAAUUUUAUCAGAAGAAAAAUGUAACGAGAGCUAUUCUGAGAUUGGUGGAAUUCAGGACGACCAAUUUUGUACAAGUCCACCAGAGACUAGGGAACAAGAUUCUUGUUUCAAAUUCUCAGGCAGUCCUUUGACUGUCAACGGACGCGUUCUUGGAAUUUUAGUCUGGGAAAAAACAAGAAAUUAUCAAGUAUACACAAAAAUCGCUUCGUACAGCAGUUGUUGCGGGAGGCCAAAGAACGAGACUUUAGAAAUACUUCCGGCUCCGAAGAAACAAAAAAUUUCUGAUCCCCAUGAGCUAGAAGACUACCAACAUCGUAAACGUAAAGCCUUCGAAGACACCAUUCGAAAAAAUCGUAUGGUAAUAUCAAAUUGGAUCAAAUACGCUGAAUGGGAAGAAACCCAAAAACAGAUCGCUCGCGCUCGUUCUAUAUACGAACGAGCCAUGGAUGUCGAUCAUCGGAAUAUAGCACUUUGGUUAAAAUACUUGGAAAUGGAGAUGAUCAACCGUCAAGUCAAUUAUGCUCGGAAUUUAUUCGACAGAGCAAUCACAAUUCUCCCACGAAUCAACCAGUUUUGGUACAAAUAUACGUAUAUGGAGGAAAAGUUGGAGAAUAUCGCCGGAGCAAGACAAGUUUUCGAACGUUGGAUGGAAUUGGAACCUGAUGAGCAGGCUUGGCAGACUUAUAUCAAUUUCGAGUUACGUUAUAAAGAACUUGACCGUGCACGAAAAAUAUAUGAACGUUUGGUAAUGAUUCAUCCUGAUGUCAAGAAUUGGAUCAAGUACGCAAGAUUUGAAGCUAAUAAUGGUUUCAUUAAAGGAGCACGAAGCGUUUAUGAACGUGCUGUUACUUUUUAUGAUCAUAUCCCUAAAGAACGAGCUGAGGAAAUUUAUAAAGCAUACACCAUUCAUGAGAAGAAAUACGGGGACCGAGAGGAUAUCGAACUAGUAACUGUGAGUAAACACAACAAUAAAUACGAUCAGUUAGUAGAGAAGGAUCCUUACAAUUAUGACACAUGGUUCGAUUAUCUGAAACUGAUGGAAUCUGAAAAAAAUCAUGAUCAGACCCGGGAAGUUUAUGAACGUGCUAUUGCGUACGUUCCUCUAAAAAAAGAAAAAGAAUAUUAG